AUGGCUAGUAGUGACGACGCAGCUGACACAUCUGUGUCUACAUUUAUUUCCACGUUAAUACCAACAUUGGUUAUUGCUAUUAUAUUUUAUUUAGCAUUCAUUGGUAUCAGAAAGAAACAACAAAGAGUUUAUGAACCAAGAAAUGUUGUCGAAACCGUGUCGCCAGACUUGAAGCCUGGUGAAUCUCCAGCUGGAUUUUUUGGAUGGGUAUCCUUUUUAUUACACAAGCCAGAAACAUAUAUUAUUCAACAGGCCGGUGUUGAUGGCUACUUUUUUAUUAGAUUUCUUUUCGAAUUCGCGACUAUUUGUUUGAUGGGAUGCUGUAUUUUAUGGCCAAUUUUGUUCCCUAUAAAUGCAACAGGUGGUAACGGUAACGAGGGAUUUAAUAUUUUAUCAUAUUCUAAUGUUAAAGAUAAGAAUAGAUUCUUCGCUCAGAUUUUCUUGAGUUGGGUCUUCUUUGGUGCUGUAUUAUUUUUGAUUUACCGUGAAUUAGUCUAUUACACCACCUUUAGACAUGCUCUUCAAACAACUCCUUUAUACGAUUCAUUAUUGUCUUCAAGAACCUUGUUAUUAACUGAAGUUCCUGAAAACUUAUUGAAGGAAACUGAGUUGAGAGGUUUCUUUCCUACUGCCACUAAUGUGUGGUAUGCUCGUGAUUACACUGAAUUAACUAAAAAGGUCAAGGAAAGAAAUAAGCUUACCAGCAAGUAUGAAGGUACUUUGAACAAGACAAUUACGAAGGCUGUCAAAAUCAGAAACAAGGCAUUGAAAAAGAACAAGGAACCUCCUUUACCAGCUGAUGAUUUAGACAAAUACUUGAAGGAUGGUAAGAAAAGACCAAGUCAUAAGUUGAAAUUCUUAAUCGGUAAGAAGGUUGAUACUUUGACUUAUUGUCCUGAAAGAUUAGGAGAAUUAAACACUGAGGUCAAGAAAGAUCAGGCUCAACAUAAUGCUAACACUCAAAUUCCAUCUGUUUUCAUUGAAUUCCCAACGCAAUUAGAAUUGCAAAAAGCCUACCAAGCUAUUCCUUAUAACAAGGAAUUAGGAAGCUCUAAGAGAUUUACAGGUUUGACCCCAGACGAUGUGAUCUGGGAAAAUUUACAUUUGACAUCUUCGAAAAGGAGAGUCAAGAAGAUAAUCGCUUCUACCGUGUUAACUUUGAUGAUUAUUUUCUGGUGUAUUCCUGUUGCUGUUGUUGGUGCUAUUUCUAAUAUUAAUACUUUAAUUGAAUAUGCACCAUGGUUAGAAUUUAUCAACAAUUUACCUUCUAAACUUUUAGGUCUUAUUACUGGUCUUUUGCCUGUCGUUGCUUUGGCUGUUUUGAUGUCUUUGAUUCCACCUUUCAUUAAGAAAAUGGGUAAAGUUAGCGGUUGUAUGACUGUUCAACAAGUGGAGUCCUAUUGUCAAGCUUGGUUUUAUGCAUUUAAUGUUGUACAAGUAUUUUUGGUCAUGGCUUUAUGUUCGUCUUCUAUGUCAGCUGUUCCUGCUAUUGUUGGAGAUCCAUCUUCUCUUAUGCCAUUGUUGGCCGAGAAAUUACCUGCAUCGUCAAAUUUCUAUAUAGCUUACUUUUGCUUACAAGGUUUAACGAUUACUUCCGGUUUAUUAUUGCAGAUUGUUGCGUUGAUCUUAUCUAAAAUCUUGGGUAGAAUUUUAGAUGGUACGCCAAGAGCUAAAUGGAACCGUUGGAAUACUUUAGGUCAACCGUUCUGGUCAAUUAUUUACCCUAAUUAUCAAUUAUUAUGUGUAAUUGCAUUUUCGUAUGCUAUAAUUGCUCCAUUAAUUUUAGGGUUUGCGUUUGUUACUUUCGUAUUCCUUUAUUGUGUUUACAUGUAUACGUUAGUCCACGUUUUACAACCAAACAAGACAGAUGCUCGUGGUAGAAACUAUCCAAGUGCAUUAUUACAAUUAUUUGUUGGACUCUAUUUAGCUGAAAUUUGUCUUACUGCAAUGUUUGUUUUCGGUAAGAAUUGGGCUGCUGUCGCUUUAGAAGGUAUUAUGAUUGGGGUUACUGCUCUUUGCCAUAUCUACUAUAAAUGGAAGUUCUUACCAUUAUGGGAUGUUGUUCCUGUAUCUGCUAUUAGAUAUACUGCUGGUGAUGGAACAUACCAAUAUCCAAUGCAUGACCAAGGCCGUAAGGAAAUUAAGAUUGAAGGUGAAAACUACUGGCAAGGUGGAAAUCAAUUGGGCUUAACAGGUGACCACGAUCAACAAGUGUUACCUAACAUUCAUGAAAAGGAUGCCUACUUGGCAACUGGUUCUGAUUCACUCAUUAAUGAUGGUACUAACCAAUCUAAGGUAACUACUGACUCUAAGCAACCAAUCAAUAGAAAUAAUGUUGUUGACGAGAAGGCGAUUGAAAGCUCUGGAAUAAGGAAUAAUGUUCCUACUUCUAAGCCAGAAGGCUCUGCAAUUACAAGAUUCUUCAAGCCUAAGUUACAAUCGUUUGACUUUGUUAGAGAUAACAUGCCACAAGCAUAUUUCAACUACAUUGAGUACAAUCCUGAUUUUAUUAGAAACGCUUAUGAAGAUCCUGUUGUUAAUGACGAAGAGCCACACAUCUGGAUCGCUAGAGACGAAAUGGGAUUAUCUGAAAUUGAAAAGAACAAGGCUUUAGAAAACGGAGUCGAUGUUUCAGACGACAAUGCUAUUUACAACGAGAAGGGUGAACUUAUUUACACUGGAGCUCCACCUUCGUAUGAAGAAGCUUUGAAGGUCUAA